UGAUACUAAAAUUCUGAUAUAAACAUAUUUUUAAAUUUAUACAAGGUCAAGUGUGGACCUGAAUGAAACAAAGAAUAUGAGGAUACUUAUGUUUAUUACAUAUAUUGAUAAUUUUAGUGAGAUACAAAGCUUUUAUGCUAAAUAAUGUUCGUAUAGGCAUGAACCACUCAGUAAAUAUUCUUAAAAUGCAAAUAGUUUUUACUCAUUUGAUAUAUGCUGACCAUAAUGAAAAGCUUUAUAUGGUUUGAAUUCUCUGAAGAAACAAGAUCACGUAAGCUUCAGUUAUGUUAAAGAAAUGAACUACCUGACACCGUCCUAAAAAUAACUACUGAAAUUGUCAAUAGAAUUAAAGUUGGAUCCAAUGAAACAUUACAGGAACUUCAGAAGAAGAGAAGGAACGCCUUUUACAUUGCGUUGUAAUUGGAGGUGGACCUACUGGGGUGGAAUUCAGUGGCGAAUUGAGUGACUUUAUCAUGAGAGAUGUCCAUCAGCGGUACGCUCAUGUCAAAAACUACAUUCGUGUUACUCUCAUUGAGGCGAAUGAGAUUUUGUCAUCAUUUGAUAUCGGAUUAAGGCAAUAUGCUACAAAGCACUUAACAAAGGUUGGAGUUCGCCUUGUACGAGGUGUUGUCAAGGAGGUGCAUCCGAAUAAGAUCAUUCUUAGUGAUGGAAGUGAUGUUCCUUAUGGCCUCCUUGUCUGGUCUACUGGAGUUGGUCCAUCAGAAUUUGUUAAAUCACUAAAUCUUCCCAAGUCUCCUGGUGGAAGAAUUGGUGUUGAUGAAUGGCUACGAGUUCCAUCCAUUGAGGAUGUGUUUGCACUUGGAGAUUGUGCUGGUUUUCUUGAACAGACAGGGAGGCCAGUUCUUCCAGCUCUAGCUCAGGUUGCAGAACGGGAAGGGAAAUAUCUUGUUGAAUUGUUCAACAGAAUUGGCAAGGAGAGUGGAGGCAAGGCUUUCUCUGCAAAAGAAAUGGCUCUAGGAGAGCCAUUUGUGUACAAGCAUCUUGGAAGCAUGGCGUCUGUUGGGCGUUACAAGGCACUGGUUGAUCUUCGUCAAACGAAGGACGCGAAGGGAAUUUCACUUGCGGGAUUCAUGAGCUGGUUGAUUUGGCGCUCUGCCUACCUGACUCGAGUUUUAAGCUGGAGGAACAGAUUUUAUGUCGCAGUUAACUGGGGAACAACACUGGUCUUUGGCAGAGAUAAUUCAAGAAUAGGAUGAAACCACACUAUCCUAAUCAUAAUGCAAUUGCCUACUCUUUAGCUUGUGGAUUUGAACCAGUUACUAUUUACAAGUUUUCCGCGGGCAUUUCUUUUUACUCAUCACUUGGUCGCAGCAAGGAUGAGAUGAUUUUAAUAGCAUUCUUUACCUUUCUUGCA